UGUGAUUUACUAAGAACUGGACGUCCCUCAAAAAAUGUUAAAAGUUCUCAAAAUACACAUAUAGUAUGUGUCUGUCGCCUUUCCUACAGCAGCAGCUCAGGAAAAAAGAAAAAAGAAAAAAAUGAAGUAAACUGAGACAGCAGAGGGCAGCAGCACAUGUGUCUGUUGUGCAACGCCCCACUAAAGGUAACUUUCUACUGGUUGAAUGACCCUAUGACUAAACAGAUAAGACACAUACUGUCCCUCACAGACACACACAUCCAUACAAACAUACACAUACGCCUGCUCACGCCCCCCCGCGCACUUAUAUCUGACGGCCCACCACAUAAUAAUCCACCCGCCGACGGAUUUCAUACGAAAGACAUCAGUCAUGUCAGCUGAGGCCUUUGUAACUCUGGCCACUAGUGACUCCUACUGUAUGGGAGCCAUAGUGGUGGCCAGGAGUUUACGACGUCAUGGAACAACUCGUAGCAUUGUCGUAAUGGUGACGCCGAACGUCUCACAAAGGGCAAGACUUGGCCUUGAGGGUUUGUUUGACAAGGUCAUCGUGGUGGACGUGAUGGACAGCGAGGACCAGCUGCGUCUGUCCAUGCUGCGUCGUCCUGAGCUCGGCAUCACCUUCACUAAGCUCCACUGUUGGACUCUGACUCAGUACAGCAAGUGUGUCUUCCUGGACGCUGACACUCUUGUUCUGUGUAACGUGGACGAGCUCUUCGACAGAGACGAGUUGUCGGCAGCUCCUGAUCCCGGUUGGCCCGACUGUUUCAACUCGGGUGUGUUUGUUUUCAGACCCUGUCUCCACACCCACGCCCGGCUCCUGGAACACGCAUUGCAGCAUGGCAGCUUUGAUGGUGGAGACCAGGGCCUGUUGAACACAUUCUUCAGCAGUUGGUCAGAAGCAGACAUCUCCAAACACCUGCCCUUCAUCUACAACCUCACGACUAGUUCCACCUACACCUACCUCCCUGCUUUCAAACAGUUUGGCCACAAUGCAAAGAUUGUCCAUUUCCUAGGGGUGAUGAAACCCUGGAGUUCUCAAGGUCGGACAGAGUCGAGCCAAUCACAAAACAUGGGACGGUUUCUAACGCUAUGGUGGAAUGAAUAUCGAGCUCAGAAAAACUGCCAACCACCUGCAUCAGAGGGAGAACCACCUCACAAGUUUGAAAAAACACAACAGGUACUAGAGGUCCAAAGAGAAGGAGCCAAGUCGCUAUUCAGUAAAAAGCUGGAAAUCUCAGAUUUGCUGCUCACACAGUCUUCAGUCCAGAUGGAGGAGAUGCAUUCAAUGACUGAGCCAAAGGAUAAGGAAGAAGAGGUGAAGGUGCAGGAGGGGAGUAAAGGGGAAGAAGAGGUAGGAAUGAAGCAUCAUGGGGAGAUGCACACAACACAGCUGACAUCAAGUGAAGGUGACUUUCACCCUGAAGAAGUCAAAGGUCCUUCACAGUUUUUACCAUUGUCUCACACGCCUGUAAACUCACCGGUGGACGAGGACAUGUCCCCGUCCAGAGGGAGUAAAGACAUCCAGGACUCCCCUCUGAUCACAGAGGGUUUGGACAACAGUCAGACGAAAACCCGAGUGAGUGAAGCAGACAGAGUGAGGGAAGAGCUGCAGCGUCGGCAGCUGUGGGAGGCAGGACAGGCGGACUACAUGGGCAGAGAUGCUUUCAAGAACAUCAAAAAGAUGCUGGACUGCUUUCUAGAAUAGAAGAAGAGCCCUCCCUCUGUGGAAACCCCCCAUCCCCCAUCCCCAAACACACACAAACAGAAGAGCACACCUGUGGCUACGAUUGCUUAAGUUUUCUACAAAAUCAAACUUAAUACAUUUUAUUACAACAAACUCUGUAGUCAACACUGUUAUAUUGAGUCUCUAUUAAUACUGAAAGGGUUUGUGGCCACCCUCACAGAUGCUGCCCCCUGCCUGAGUUUUCCCCUUUUAAGGCAAAUUUUGUGACGUUCUGGUUGGAUUUGUUUACCAGUGGAAAACACACUUUGAAAGAGAAAUAGAGUCAAAGUUAAGUUAAGUCCACAGAAAUCGCCAAACACCUUAAGUGCAUAAAUUCACCAUAACUUUGAAGACAACAUAUUAGACGGACAGGAUUGGAACCUCCAGGAAUGACAAAUGUGUACCUUAAAUUGAACAGUAAAAACAACGUUCUUUUAUUUUGAAAGCUAAAGGUUUGUUUUCUGUCAAUAACUAUGUAGGGGGUUUAAAGCUCUCAGCUCAGGGGAUGUGGGGGGAUUAGGAGGGACUUCCUGCUGCUCAAUUCCCCACAAGUUUUUUUUUUUUAUUAAAAUAAAUUAUUAAAAUGCUUAAGUUGGUCUUUUAAGAACAACAAACCUGAUGUGGCCCUGAUGUGGCCCUUCAAUGAAAUGACCAAGUGGCUCUCAUCUCAUGACUGACUUAGAAACACCUGAUUUAGUUUUCCUCCCCUUUUUAAAGAAGCCCUGUAAAGACAUUUGUUUGGACAACAUCUUUUACACGAUAACCAAUAAAAUGCUGGUUAUGUGAUUUGAUUUUUCAGCCCAGGACUAAAUGGACUAUGGUCUUGUACAAGAUCUACGAACUAAUGUGUAUCAAAAACUGCUAUGAACAACAACAGCAGAUUUUAAAAGUGCAUUAUUCCUAAACUAAUCAGCUCACAUGUUCCACCUUGGAACAUUGUAGAGUUGGAACUAUGAUUAUUAUCUCUCAAAUCUGUUUCCUAUACAGAGGAAAGAAAAGUCAAUAUAAUAAUAAUAAUAAUAACAAUAAUAAUAAAUACUUUUAGAGAAAA